UGAAGACUGGACGUGUCUUUGAUAGAUGUCAAUAUCUUCGUCUAAAAUGGGAUGCAAACAAACCAAGGUCAAGCCUUUCAAGCAGACAUCUCCCGAGGAGGCUCUGACGGGCAAGAUCAAGUGUCCUCACGAGCUGUACUACGCCAAGUGUCAGGUGACACCGCCCACACCCCGCCUGUCAGAGGCGCAGAUUCUUCAACAGCUACGAGAUGAGGGUUUGGUCCCCGACCGUCAGUCCUGCGGAGGAGUGGCCUUCUCUGUCCCUGUCGUGGAGGGGGUUGUCCCCCGUGGCAAAGCUCCCCGACGUCUGGAGCAAAUCCCAGUGCGAUGCUUCUACACAGCUGAGAGGAGGAGACAGAAGGCUGAUCUGUUCCGACUUGACAGGUUCGUGGAGAAAGUCCAGAGGAAACAACUGGACAGAGAGAUAAAGCACAAAGCUGUCAAGGACGAGAAGAAACGUCGCCAAUUCAUCAAGAAAAUGAAGGCGGAACAUCAGCUCCACAUGAGGGAGAAGAAACUGGAGAGGCUGGAGGAAGAGCGGGCGGCGAGGAGGAAGAAGCCAGCAAAGAAGUAG